UUCUUUAACCAAGAGAUGCCUCCGGAAUUUCCUGCAGACGCCGGUUCGCCUCCACGUCUUCCGUUUGUAUGUGCUGUGGAGGGAAAGGCCGGUCCAGAUCCGGUCAGAGGGACGGCUCCAGGGGAGAAUAAUGUGCGGGGCAAAGAGAGGAACCGGCACCAUCACACGGUCCCUGCUUCGCCUAUAUAUACCUCGAGCGGUAGAAGUCGAAGCAUCAGUAUCUUGUCUGACGUCGGCGACAACAUGAAGACCGUAAUUCUCUCCCUCGUCCUGGCCGUGGCCGCCGCCGCCCCUCAGUACGGCCGCCAAGACAGCUCGGAGAAGGAGGCGCCCAUCCUGCGGGACGAGCGCAUCCAGGAGGACGACGGAAGGUACAACUUCGACGUCGAGACAGGCAACGGCAUCACCCUCUCGCAGUCCGGUUCUCCCGUUGCCGAGGGAGCCAUCGCCAGCGCCGGCCAGUUCUCGUAAGUCCUGCGGUCGACU